UCAUAGCGGCCAUUUGUCCUCCAUGCGGCAGUUAGAGGAGGACAACUUCCUCCGACUACAGUCCGUCUGUUUGUGACCCGACGGUUAAGAUGAAGUUAGCUUGUUUGGCUGCCACCGGCGGGCUCUAGGGACUCGCAGAAGGGUGAAAGUAAAGCGAGAGGGCGGCUAAGAAGCCAUUAAAAAAAGCAUAAGAAUACGAACAAGAAUGCCUGUCAGGGUCGGUGGAGGUGAUGGACGGGCAGCUGGGAGCUUCUUUCUCCCGCUCGCAGCUUCGGUCUUCUUCGUGUUGCUGGUCGGAGUCGCUGCUAUCCCCGAGGAACCAAACUCCGUCAAGGAACAGGCUCCCGUCGAGAAAGCACCCAGUGCCCCUUCCUUGCUGCUAGUGGUGAAGGAAGAUGACUCCGGCAAAGGAAACCUGGGAUUCAUCCACGCCUUCGUUGCCUCCAUCUCUGUCAUCAUCGUGUCCGAGUUGGGCGACAAAACCUUCUUCAUCGCUGCCAUCAUGGCCAUGCGGUACAACCGGCUCACCGUGCUGGCCGGCGCCAUGCUGGCCCUGGGGCUCAUGACAUGCUUGUCAGUGCUGUUCGGCUACGCCACCACUAUCAUCCCCAGACUCUACACCUACUAUGUAUCCACCGGCCUUUUUGCCAUCUUCGGCUUGCGCAUGCUGCGCGAGGGCCUGAAGAUGAGUCCCGAUGAGGGCCAGGAGGAGCUGGAGGAGGUGCAGGCUGAGAUCAAAAAGAAGGACGAAGAGUUACAACGUUCCAAAAUGAGCAACGGCGCGCCAGACGUGGAGGCGGGAUCUGGCUCGUUAUCGCCACCGUCGUCGUCCAGGUGGCACAGCGUCAUCUCGCCCAUCUUCAUCCAAGCGCUCACCCUCACCUUCCUCGCAGAGUGGGGAGACCGCUCCCAGCUCACCACCAUCAUCCUGGCUGCCCGCGAGGAUCCGUUUGGUGUGGCUGUGGGCGGCACGCUGGGACACUGCUUGUGUACGGGCCUGGCUGUGAUUGGAGGCCGGAUGAUUGCCCAGAAAAUAUCCGUCAGAACAGUCACAAUCAUCGGCGGAAUCGUCUUCCUGGCGUUUGCCCUCUCCGCCCUCUUCAUCAAGCCCGAUGCUGGACUGUGAGAGUGUCGCUGAAGGACUCUUUUGAGUGUACAUACUGUAUUUUGUAGUCGCUGUAAGAGAUUGUCGGUAAGCCCAGAGUCUCCUCCACUGCAGCCCGUCUAGCUUCAAGGCAUUAUGGUAGGUGUAGUUUGAAGACGACAAGGAUGUUAUUGAACUUGAAGAUGCACAGUUAUUUCCUCACAACCUUUUAUUUUGAAUUGAUUUUUCUUUUUUUUAAAUGUGUUACUCAACAUGCGCCACGUCAAUUGCUUAUUUGGUGAUUUUUUAAUUCAGGAAUACAUGUAAUCCGUAUCCUUUAUUGAUACUGUAUGUUUUUCUUUCUUUCUUUUUUUUUUUUUCUGAUGUAUCGGGGUGCAAAUCCUUUAUGGUCGCUGUCACUCCACAAUGUAUUUUCUCUACAAUCUAUUUAUUUAGUUUCAUGUUCCAGAAAUAGGUGGCCAGGAAAUAUUUUUGUAAAUGUUUGACAAGUCUGGUGUGAACUAUGUAAUACGCCGCAAUAAAUUAAGCCUUUUAAAAAUCGAAUUGCUCAUUAAAAAAAGUUUUCCUCUG